CGGCUUCACAGCACUCAGUUCGUAAGUGCCUACCGCAACGCUGGAGCCACGCUCUCAUGGCUGCUACCCGGCGUUGCACGCGCCUCCUAUCCUCGUUUCUGCUCCCGUCUUCCCAUAGAUCGUGCCUGCCGCAGCGCGUCAAUUCGUUCGCCGCCAGACCCGCGUGCUUAGCUUCCGCAGCAUCACUGGCGGACCGAGCGGCAGCGGCAGCAGAUUCUCUGCCGUGCUCCCCAGCUGUUCGCAGCGCCGCCAGCGCGCGCCCUCACCGCCAUCCCGCGCUCUCUUCUUCCGCCUGGUCUCCCCUGGCAUCUCCCCCCCGCGCGGACUCGAUCGCAGUGGCAGAUCUGCUCGGCGCGCCUCAGCCGCCCGCACCUGCCGCCUUCUCAACGGCUGGUCGCCACAUCGACUCCGCCCCACGGCAGCCGCUGUCCGCGGACGCCGCCAGCGCCACCAAGGCGGAAGGGUCGGACGGCGGACGCAGCGCGGCGCCAAUCGCGGGUGAAGGCGGCAGCGACGAGGAGGACGACCCGAUUUUAGCGCGCCGCGCGGGGAACCGGCCGGAAGAAAGGGCGGCGAGCGCGGGUGACGGGCGGCCGCCCAGCGCGGAGGCAGAUGGGCGCGGCGACACGGCGAGCGGCGUGAAUGGUGGGCGCACGCAGGGUGGGCGUGAACGGCCCCCGCCGGAGUCGGUGACAGAGCACGGAGGGCCUAGUGGACCCGAGCCCACGAGAUACGGCGACUGGGAGAAGGGCGGUAGAUGCAGCGACUUCUGAGUCAACUCAUCGGGUGGCAGAUCAUGGGGACUGGGAGAAGGGUGGGGUAGGUGCAGGGACUUCUAGGUCCGGGCUCGUGCCACUAGGGUUUAGAACCCUGCCUGUUGUGACUCCGCUAGAAAGCUGUUGUCAAGGGAAGGGAAACCCUACAUUUGGCCAUGGGAAACAACAGAGUACUACUAGCACGGCGUGUUACUGCGGCCCUUUGUCAGACCUGGACCCUAGUACCUCUUACUCAGACUGUGCUGCACCACACCGAACCCCUUCGAAUCUACUCACGUCAGGUUAGUGUGUGAUAAUGGGCUGCUCCUUAUGUGCCAAUCCUCAGCGACUUUGGGCAGACUUGGUGAACAUGCAUGCAUGCGUGCGUGCAUUGAUGCAUGUGCUGUUCCAAUCUUAUUAUCUUACUAUUCUGC